AUGGCAUGGGCAAUAGAGCUGUCCCAAUAUGACUUGCACUAUGAACCCUGGCAGGCAAUCAAAGCCCAGGCGAUGGCAGAUUUCCUGGUAGAGGUCACAGGAGAGGCACCCGACAUACCGAACACACGGUGGAAACUCCACGUUGACGGAGUGUCCAACCAAAUGUUCGGAGGGGCUGGGAUCAUUCUCGAGAGCUCGGUAGGAGUAGCGUACGAGCAGUCGAUCAAGUUUGAUUUCCCAGUCUCCAACAACCAGGCAGAGUAUGAAGCAUUGAUAGGAGGAUUAAUCCUAGCUAAAGAGGUCAGAACGUCAAGGAUAGAAGUUAGUAGUGACUCUCAGAUCGUCACAUCCCAGAUAAACGGCAGCUACCAGGCCAGGGACACACUACUACAAAAAUACCCAGAGAAGUCUGAUGAUGGCACCCCGACGGGAGUCGACCUCUUAGGGCCAUUCCCACCCGGGUCAGGACAAAUAAAAUACUUGAUAGUAGCCAUAGACUACUACACCAAAUGGGUAGAAGCCGAACCGCUAGCCAGCAUAUCUUCAGCAAACUGUCAAAAGUUCAUGUGGAGGCAAGUAGUUACCAGGUUCAGAAUCCCAGAAUUCGUCGUAUCAGAUAAUGGGACACAAUUUACCGACAAGAAGUUCAAAGAAUUUCGCUCAGGACUAGGAAUCAAGCAAAAUUUCUCCUCAGUCGAGCACCCGCAAAGCAACGGCCAGGUAGAAGCAGCCAACAAAGUCAUCUUAAAAGGGCUAAAAAAACGACUUGAAGGGAAGAAGGGUUCAUGGGCAGACAAGCUAGGCUCAGUCUUAUGGUCUUACAGAACCUCCCUCCAAUCAUCUACCGGCAAAACCCCCUUCCGACUUACAUACGGGGUCGACGCAGUCAUCCCAAUCGAAAUAGGGGAGCCGAGUCCAAGAUUACUUCUUGGAGGAGGAAACGAGGCAAUCGAGAAAGACCUGGUUGACGAAACAAGAUAG